AUGACCGACCGGUACCACAAUGCUCCCUACCCACACCACCCGGGGAAGCGGUCGGGGCCAAUGGCCGACGAGUUUCGCGGACAUUCGCCGCCACCGCCUGCCGCCCCUGGCGCACGGACGUUUUUAGUGCGCGAUGCACGACCGUUCCGGGAGGACUUCGAUCCUGAGAGAGAGAGUCAAUGCUAA